UGAUAAAAAAAUAAAAUAAAAAAUAGCGUAGAGCAGCGCGAUGCAUCCACCGCCGAGUCUCCUCCGCCCACUCCAACCGCCUCUUAUCCGUCCCCGAAUCCCCACUCUCGCUCGCUCUCCCCGCACCACCACCAACAACAACCGCCGCCUCCUCGUCCUCCGCCCGGCGCGAUGCGCGAGCUCCGGCGAGGGGGGAGAUGCGAAGGAGGGGGUGGGGGAGGGGGCGGAGGAGGCGGUGGCGGGGAUGGUGGAGGAGCUGCUGCGGAGGGAGGAGAACCGGGCGCUGCUCCAAGGGCUGGAGGCGGCGUCGCGGCGGGUGGAGCGGGCGCGGGAGGCCCUCGCCGACGUCGAGCGCCAGGAGUGCGAGGCCCGCCGCGCCAAGGACCUCGUGCGCCGUCUCGAGCGACGCCGCGACGAGAUUGCAGAAUCACAAAGGGAACUGCUGGAAGCACGAGCAAUGGUUGACGAAGCUCAACGCUCUCUAUGGUCCAACAUAGAAGAUAGCAGCUCGGGAGAUGUGUUACGUGAAGAUAUUGACAAAAAUAGAGAGAGAAUAGAAUCCUUAAAAGCAGCAGCAAUUUCUUCUGUAGUUGGAACGCUUGCCAGUUUACCAAUAUCCUUUUAUCAAGCCAACAGCUUCUCCCAACUGAUUGUUCACUUGUCAGUCGUUUUCAUUAGUUGUGCUUUGUUUGGAGUUACAUUCAGGUAUACAAUCAGAAGAGAUAUCGAUAACAUUCAGCUCAAAACUGGGACAUCUGCAGCUUUUGGCUUAGUCAAAGGUCUUGCUGCCGUGGAGGCAGCGAAACCUUCGGAGCUAAACAUUGAUAGCUUCAUUUCACUCUCUGUUGACGGAGCAGUGUAUCUUGCUGAAAACAUCUUUGUAUUUCUCUCUGCUGCUAUUGCACUGGACUUUUGCUUUAAGUUUAGCCUUUUGAGUCCAUUCCCCAUGAGAAAAUAAGCUUCAACCAAUCACCAUCCGGCCGCUGCUGCAGAUUAUUUAGCUUGAAGCUUUUGCUUCUGAGUUACUUACUGACCUUUUAUUGUAUGAUCAGACCUUGUAAAAUCCAUUUUUUAACUAUACACUUUUGAAGAACAUAAUGUUUUAAGCCUUUUGUCACGGUACAUAAGGUGUUUAUCUUUGCUGGGAAUGCAUUUUCAGAGUAAAUUGAUAUUUGUCUGUUUUAAUC